CUAAUUUUAACCAUUUAAAUACGUAAACAAAGACGCGAAAUUAUCUAUUUGAACUUUAACCGGACUUAAUCUCGAUCAUUUUCCUUUUUAAACAUCAAUAUAUUUCAUAUUUGUCUCAGUUCUCUUUAGAACUGAGAAGAAUUUUAAUAAGUGCUUGUUUGAAGCGAAAUUUUAUGAUUUUGUUGGAAAAUCGUCGAUUUAUGUGCUAUUGUAAUCAAAAAGAAUCCUCAGAAUCGUUUAAGAUGUCCACUGUUGGCCACGCGGCUUUCGCCGUCUGCAAAGUUCGGGAAAAUCGCGAAAAAACCAUCCAAAGAAUGCAAAACAUCGACGAAAAGAAACCUUUCAACAUUGAUCACCAGAUGGCGUACACCCCGAUGAAAUACAACAGUAAAUUAAUGAACAGCAUCUGGGGGAUGUACAAUCGUUAUUCCGUACAUAAUUUGAAAAAGAUUAUGGAUGAUGGCGAAAUUGUUGCAGUGGGUCAACAGGGAACUGUUGGCAACACUGCAACCAAUUUAGACCGGGGAUCUGCUAGUACAAAGACUGCGACCAAACCCCCGGGAAAUUUAAUGCAAAAUUGGUUCUCCCCGACCGAUUAUUCAUAUUAAGACCAAUAAAAAACAUCAUUGAUAUUACAUAACCUAAAA